AUGGAAGGUGAAAUUGGUUUUGUGUCGUUAAUAAAAAGUAUGAUGGGAUUGGUUGCUGAAGCCCAUGAACGUUGGGAACGUGGCAUAGAUGAUUUAAGGUCCCUCAGGUUUAUGGAAAUGGGAAAAGGAGCGAAAGUUGUGAAUAAUGAUAGUGUUAGGAGAAGUAUGAACCAUAAUCAAAGGCAUGGUAGAAAUACUAGUAACAAAAUGACGCACAUAAAAAGUGGCGUCAUACCUGUGAAGUAUAUCGGCAAAAGGGAUAAACUGAAAGGUAAAAGGAUGGAAUUAGCGUGUGAAAAGAACAUUGGUAAAAGUAAAUUGAAUGAAAAUUUUAGGGACAUUGGCUUGGAUAAUAGAGGAGAAGUCUAUUCGAAGAGUGAUGUUAAUAGAACAAUUGAUGUUGGGAAUUGGUGUAACAAUGAGGUGAUCAAGGAUAAAAAACUUUAUUACAUGCCUGAAGAGAAUGGGGAGAUCGAAGAUGUUGAUGAAAUAUCCAAUGAUGAAGAAGAAUCGAAAGAAGAUCUUGAAGCAAAAAGGAGGAUUGAUGAUGUUGAAAGUGAUGAGUUUAGUAAGAUGAAAUCUUGUGGAGUUGGCGCUAAAAAGGAGAAAAAUGCAAUUGAGUGUAUUGAAGGUGAUGAUAUAAAGAGAGAUAACAAUAGCGAUACAAUAAGAAAGUUAGAUAAAAAGUGUUGUUGUACGAUCCAAUCUGGAUAUAAUGAAACGACAUUCAUCAUUUCAGAAGAUUUUGCAAUUGAUGAAGACAUAAAUGACGAUUAUGUGAUUAAUAAAGGUGGAAUGAUGAAGAACGAUAAUCGAAGAGAAAAUGAACUCAUGGAUAUAAGAUGUGUUAAAGGUGAAGCUGCAGAUAGUAGAACAAAUGAAAUUGAGAAUUACCUCGAAAGUGAAGUCAAAAAUGAAAAGGAUAAACAGAAUGCAUUUGCUCAUUAUCAAAGCCUGGGGAAAAUAAAUUGUAGUAAUAAAGCACAUGAUCAUGAGUGCGCUGAUUAUCGAAGACUGAAGCUUCAUGAUGAUAAGAACCAUGAAAAAGGUAUUGGUCAGAGUAAAUGGAAUGUUGUAUGGGGUGACGAAGUGAAGGCCCUAUAUUAUUAUACUUCUAUAAUUCAACAUCCAAAUACUAGAUAA